ACUAUGCUGAUUACCGUAAAGACCAUUCCAGUAUUGUGGUGAGAAGUUCCAGUUUGUGAACUGUGAUCACUGGUGAAAUUUUUUGUAGCGUCCUCUUCCUUGAUUUCCUCUUCUGUUACCUCGAUUAUUCCUUUGAUGACGUUCAUGAUUGUCAGUAGUUUUUGAAUAAGGGACAGUUGUGACCAGUGCAGUAGAUGACGAGGCAGUCUCGUUGUGCCUUGCCGAGCCUUUCAAAGGCUUCUUCAAACGCAUUUCCUUAAGCUCUAGCAUGUUGCGAGCUUCCUAAAAUGUAGGAAAUGGUUUUUGAUGCUUGCGAGCUUCCAUUUAGAAUGUACAUCACGAGAGUUUUGUCACUCACUAGUGCCUUCAUAUUCUCAGACUGAUCUUAUCUCCUUCGUUCACAUAUUGUUGUCAAGUUAAAUGGCGUGGGAUUCCUUGUUGUUACGGAAUUGGUUCUCUAUUUGUAGCCAUAUGUCUAUGGUUGUGCCAUCGGUCUUGAAGGAGGAUUUGAACAUAGGUUGAGCCAGAGUGCCGUAGAUCCAUAACUUAACUAGGCCAUCACAUUUUUUCCAUGGCUCUCUCAAUGUUUGCCAUAGUGACAGACUGGAGAAGAAACACUUGAUAGAUGACAAAAGUUAAAAAAUGAAGAUUGAAGAAGAAUUAAGCUCUGAUACCAUGAAAGUUAGUGAAAAGAUUUGCUUGGUUUAUUCAUCAUUGAAAGUGUUACAUGUAUAGGAUAGAUAGUUAGAGUUAAGUAUGAUCUUCCUAGAUUACAUGAUAUUUACAAAAUUAACUAAGAAUAUUUGAAUAUAUUUUUUCAAUUUUGACACCAGAGGAAACCUCAACUGCACGAGAACAAAACCAAAAGAGAUGCGCUGUUUUAGGGUCAUUUCUAAAAUAUAUACUAGUAAAAGAAAAGUAUUGCUUGUGAGUAUGGAAGAUGUAAAACAUUUUAAUCAAACACAGUGCCACCACUACUUCUUGACUCGUUGUACAGUGUUCUCAAACGUUCUAUCAUACUCAUUCUUCAACAUACUCCGCCCCCUCGGAUUGGAUUAAAGAGGAGAGGUUGUGGAUAUUUUAAAUCUACAUAGGCCGAGAUGCGUUUUAUAUUGAUUUAGGAUUUUGUAUUUUGGGGUUGGUCUUUAGGUUUGUCCUAACACCUAAAUUCAAGUGUUGGCUUAUUUUUUUUGAAGAAAUUUUUUCUUGACACUUUUCAUGCCGGGGUUUGGUAAUAUCUGGAAGUUAUGUGUACGAAAGUGUCGGCUUAUGGUAAGUGCCAAGAAUGUUUAUGCACUACGUCCCUUUUUGAUAUUCUUCUUUAAAGAAUUAGUCUUUAUUUGUAAAAAUAGUAUAUAUUAAGGUUUUAAGUUGCACCCAUAGUUUCCUAAGAACCUGAGUUUAAUUCCUCUUGCACUAUUUUUAUCAGUUAUUUUGCAUCCAGUUAAAAGAAAACCUAGCUUGGCCCCUGAUUACUAUCAUAUUCCCAAUCUUAUUGGGCAAAUGAGUCAUAUCUCACUCUCAUUCAUACAUUAUCAAUUUAUCAUCACUCUCCCGAAAUUAAACCGUAAUUCUAAAACAAUAUUAAAUCUAGCCAUCAUGUUUACGUGGUUUGGAUAUAUAUGAUAAUUAGUCACGCGUAAACUAUCAAUAGUAUUAAAUGUUCAAAUACACGCUUUUGAGUUUGGUGCGUUUCGAUAGGGAUGAUAUCACCAACUCACCAUACGUGUGGUGGGGGACGUAUCGCUUGUGGUAAGAUUGUUCGUAUUCAAAUGUGAAUGUAUUUUAAAAAGAAAAUAGAUAGACAUGCCUUUAAUAAGUGGAUGAUUAUCACUCUACCAUCCCACGUUUCACACACGCCGACUAUAUAUUCUUUUCUUCUACUUAUAUGGGGUUUGGUUCAAUUCCACCACUAACACUACGCGCAAGUGUGAAAAAAAAUAUUAUCUUCUUCCACUUUCAAUCUUAGCGGUCAAAUGAGUCAACCAAAACUCCAUAAUUAGACUCUCUCUUUUCGUUUAUUAAACAAACAUUGAGGUUAUCAACGUGCGUUAAUUCCGGUUUGGAAAAAAAAUUAAAUGAUAAAAAACCAAAAAUAGAGUUGACUAAUUUUUCUAUAAAUGUCAAGUUUUAAAGAAACCAAACCCGUCAUCAAAUCAUCUCUUUUACAUAUAUUUCUUCACCAAAGAAAAGAUCAUAAAAAUGGCAAACUUCUCUGCUCUUCUCACGAUAACUCUCCUCCUUUGCUCCACGCUGAUGUGCACCGCCCGUCCCGACCCGACCUUUUCGACCUCUAUCACAAUCGUUACGGCUGACCCGCUGGAAAAGAGCAUAGAAGGAAAACUGGAUGAAUUCGCAGAAGAGAACUGUGGUGCUAACGACGAAGAUUGCCUAAUGAGGAGGUCUCUGGUUGCUCAUGUUGAUUACAUCUAUACCCAGAAACAGAAGAAGAAUCUUUGAUAUUUCACUUAUAGUACUUUAAUUAUAUCUAACAAAGUAUUGCUAAUACACGUUUGUGAUUUGUGUGUCAUAUAUUUUUCUAAUAGAUCAUCAAGAAAGUUAUGGCUGUGACUAUUGUUAUAUAGUUCUACCUACGAAAUUUAGCCAAAGCCUAUGUACACUUAAAGGUCGGUUUAUGAAACUAUUUUGAUCCAAACUUGUUGCUUGUAUGAUUAAUUGGAGAAUGCAAAAUGAUGCCCUCUUCUAAAAUAAAUGUUACCGUUAGUUUCAACAAUCCAUUAGAUUAAAAUGUAUAAAAACAUUA